CCCUUCUUCUUCUUCUUCUUCCCCUUCUUGCUUAGUUUUUUUUCCCCCCCUCUCCCUCCCUCCUCUAGGGUUCCCUCACUGGAACUGUGUUGUUUGCAUUGAUUUAUAUAUAAUGGGCUUCUUCGCAGAAGAGUCCGGGUUAAUAGUAGCCCAUCUUAUCUACAAGGCAGCUCUUGCUUUAGCAGUCUUGAGAUGGGCCUGGGACCGGGCUCUGGGAUUUAAGAACAGAGCCCAUUUAUCCUCCUCUAGCAAUGAUUCUCUACAGCAAUCUCAUCCUGUUCCUUCUCCACAUCAAGUUAGGGACGGUCUGAUUUCGACCACCUUCAAUGACGUCAUAGAGAGGGUGCCAGGGGCUUGUGACACAUGUGCUGUCUGCUUGAGCCAGUUGAGGGAUCAAGAUGAGGUCAGAGAGUUGAGGAACUGCGGCCACGUGUUCCAUAAGGAGUGCAUAGAUAGAUGGGUAGAUCACGAUCAUGACGAGAAUCACAAUACCUGCCCACUAUGCAGGGCACCGUUGCCGACAACCUCACGAAGUCUGGCUUGGACCACGACUGAGCCUAGUUGGGCCGUUGAGAGAAUUCUCUACCUCUUUGGGGAUGAUUUGAUCACGUGAUCAAUUCAUUGUCGCUGCGCUCUUUUCAGCCGCCACUUCCUCUUUAUAUAUAUAUA